UUUUAAAAAUCAAGCAGUGACAAUAGCCUAAACCUCUUCAGUAUUUUUCCUUACUGGCUUCAUUUCCAUUUGCACAGUAUUCUGUGUAUUGUGCAAGAGACACACAGAGGUGAACAGUUUUAAAGGAAAUCAAUUUCCUCUCUGUACGCAGCAAAAAUAAAUGCAACAUGAAUAAUUUAGAUAUCAUAGCCAUUCAAAUGUUUUAAUAUACAAAUCACAUCCUAAUACGAAAGGAAGAACCUGUACAAACAGAACUGAUUCAUUCCAACACACACAUGAAAACACCAUGGUAUCAUUACCUCUUUUAACUGCACUCUGCAGCAGUCUACUUGCCCAAUAUUAAGCUUCAUUGCAGCUGUGGAUCCUUUGAUGGGCAGUGUACAGCCCCUACUUCUGGAAGGUUUGUCUGCAGGUGGUUUUCAUGCUGUUUUAACUUAAGUAGUAAGCUUAAAAGCAAAUAUGCAUGAAUAAAGCUGCUUACACUUCCUUCUUUCCUCAAAUUAUAGGAUUAUGUUUUACUGUUUAUAAAUGCCAUUGUAGUAGCAGAAUCCACAAGGAUGACAUAGAAUCAUGUAAAUACAUAUUUGUAUAAUAUAAAAUCACUAAUGAAAAUUACUGAAUUAGAACAUAACCAUGCUGAGAGCAGGUUUUGUGAGCAGGAAAGAAGUUCUUGCACGUGUUAAGGAAAGGCAAUCACAAAGCAUCAGAAGCUAUAAAGGAUGGCAAGAGAUCACCACUUAAUCCUGAGGUACUGCAGCAUAGUUCUGCAUUCACAUCACGUACACUGAAAACAUACUGUCUCCAGCUCUAGCAGGUUUGUGUCUUGGACUGCUUCCUGCCUGUGAAUGUGAUGUAACUGCAGGGGUACAAAGAAGUCAGUAGUAGUCUUACAGAAACCAUAACGAUACAGAGAAGCAAGGCAAGAUGUGAUGAAAAGAUAGUUCCUUAGAUUGGCUAGUUGCUGGGGAAAAGAUGACAGAUCUUGAAACUCAGAAGCCAUUCUUUAGCUGUGAAAAUAUUAAAUUUGAAACUAGGUGCGUAUGGGUGGUUGCGAGAAAUUGAACUUAUGCCCAUCACUGUGGUCUUUUGAGAGAAAAAUGUAAGUGACUAUAUAUUAUCUGGGCAAGUUAGGAAAGGACAGUACCUUUCUUACUUACCAGGACAUAAUACAGGUGCAUCAAAAACAAGCUAAUAAACUCCUUUUGGUAACCCUGGACUCUGGAAUGUUUACGCAAGAGAAUGGAAAUUAUUCCAACGGACUGUGAAGAAGUCAAGGCUGCUGCAGAAAGUGCAGCCAUUAAGAGACUUCAGCAGCAAUUCUUUUCCCGAAAAUAAUUCUUCAUUGGAAAAAGGCUUAUAUGGUUACACUAUAUUUAUCUGCCUGCUUAUCCAGCUUUUAAACCUACAUAUGGCCAUGACACAGUAAUCUAAGAAUUAUAAUUUCCUAGAAUCAAGAAAAUGACAGGAAUGUGUAGAACAAGAAAGCAUCAUUAGGCUUCUGAAGGGACAAAUCAGUGAGCAGAUCAGCUCACUUCUAGAUAUCAGAAAAUCCACACAGAUGACUGCUCUCGAGAUGAAAAUGCACAGAAAUCCACCAUUCAUUGUUUCUAAUGGUCACUUGUUUUUAAUUGAUCUAGUCCAAUUUUGUAAGAGGUAUUGUAUGAAGCUUAAGCAAGACCUGGGGCACUCCCUUGGCAGGUUUCAGGUGCGUGAGGCAGUACAGGAAGAUCUUGGUAGGCUUUAUAAAUAGCCAGUCAAACAGACAUUAAUCUCUCUCUCUCUUCUUCAGAUUUCUACUGCAUGCCUUGGAUACAUGCUUCUAAGCAGCUUAUGGGCUUUCCGUGACCUAUGCUUCUUUUCCUAAUGCUGAUCUGACUAUGGCUGUCCUCAAAGUAAAAUUCACCAAAACUAAGAGGGACAAACUGGCUCAGAUCCUAUGGAUCCUCAACUGGGUUUCUGUAGUGAGUGGGAUCAUUCUCUUCAGUCUUGGCCUCUUUCUGAAAAUAGAGAUCAAGAAGCGCAACGAAGUGAUGGCAAAAGGGGACAUUAACUCUGUUCCCAACAUGCUGAUCUCUGUAGGAGUCAUAGCAUGUGUUGUCAACUUUUUGGGGGGCAAAAUCUGCUACGACUGCUCAGAUGCCAACAAGUUCUCCCGAUGGAAGCUAAUUAUGUUCCCAUACAUCAUAUGUACCUUCUGUUUUACUUUCUGCAUCCUGUUGGGUGCUCUCAUGUGCUAUACCAUGAGGAAUGAGCUGGAAGAAUCUCUCUAUCUGGGACUGAGGGAUGCUAUUAAGUUCUAUAAGGACACAGACAUACCUGGAAGAUGUUUCUUAAAAAAAACCGUGGAUAUGUUACAAAUUGGAUUCCAGUGCUGUGGAAACAACGGCUUUAGAGACUGGUUUGAAGUUCAGUGGGUAUCUGCUCGUUACCUGAACAUGGCUUCUAAGGAAGUUAUGGACCGUUUCAAGAGUAAUGUUGAUGGGAAGUUCUUAGUGGAUGGAGUACCCUUCAGCUGCUGCAAUCCAAGUUCCCCACGGCCCUGCAUCCAGUACCAGCUGACAAACAACAGUGCCCACUACAAUUAUGAUUUCCUGACAGAGGAGCUCAAUAUCUGGAUGAAGGGGUGCAGAGAGGCCUUGCUGGACUACUACACAGCUAUAAUGAGAUCUAUUGGUAUUGCGGCAUUGCUUAUCUGGUUGUUUGAGCUCUCUGUACUUAUUGGUGUUCGGUACCUACAAACAGCAAUGAAGAACACUCUGCUGCGAGGAGAUCUGCAGGGUGAAUCAGAUGGUUGGUUACUAGAAAACAGCUUUAUGGAAACUGCCAAACACAACAUCAAUAUUAUCAAGAACCUUGGCAAAGCCAACCAGAUCUCCACUGUCUCAGGCAUGAAUGAUCCCAACAUUAAUGUUCAAAACACAAACUGUGACAAAAGCAAUGUUACACCAAAAUCUAUCCCUGCAGCCAGCUAGACAAGUCUUCAGCAAAAUGAUGGCUCAGUUUUGAUAUACUACGAUCUUAAGACACUGGACUUUCACUAAUGGGAAAAAAAGCAAUAUGAUAACUGAACAAAAAUAGACUGGUUACAGCAACAGGAUGCUGAUGCUUCUUUGGCAGGAUGUAUUUUCUUUACCAAUUCUAAUGAAAUUCUUGAUUUUUGUAUGUGUACAAAACAGUCUUUUGAAUUUUUCCCUCUUUGUCUCCCCUGCCUACACAUUCCUGUCCUGGUCUGAAUAGAUCAGAAUAAUGAUUAUACAAAACGGGACGUACAGCUUGGAUCAGUAUGCUCUAGAUAGGAUUGAGCUAGUUUGUGAUUACUGUCACAUCUUCAGAAAUCCCAGCUGCAGAGAAAUUUCAUCAGAAAUAACUUCUCUGGAUAAAAAGGUUAUUAAAAGAAAGAAUGAUCACAAACACAGAAAUGAAGAUUGCACUAAAGUCUAAGUUACAACAGGUAAAUUUUAAGCCAAAUUGAAGUAUAUUAUCACUCCUCCAAAAUAACUUAUUAGCUAAGUAAAAUUGAAAUCAAGUUAAAGGCAACAAAAGCUGGUUUGUCUAGUGUAUGUGACUUGUUUUGUUUUUUAACAAUCUGAAGACAAACUUAGAGAAAGCCAGCUGGCCUGAAAGUUAGAGCACUAUUAAAAGGAGUUCUCUGCUCAAAACCACUAACUGAUAGCUCAUACAGGAUAUUAAAACUCCAAGUAGCACGUGCUAGCACAAGAGUAAAAAUAAGCAAAUACUUCCCAUAAAACAAAUACUGAUGGCCCCAGAUGUUAAAAAUGCUCAUAAUUUCAGGAGUAGCUAUACAGAUCCACAGGCUGGAAAACAAGAGAUUAUUUGCAACCAACAAAGACCAAGAUAGAUUGUCAUCUCUCCCAUCACAUUCCUAGUACAGUGCUUAUGAAGUUUGUAUGUCAACGUACAGCACAAAAGCCUUUCUGUACUUGCAGUAACAGGAUGCCUAUGCUUAAUUCAUCAGUAAUAAUACGGUUUUAAGUAGUAAAACAUAUACAUACAGAACAGAGGAUAAAAAAAACAAAAUAUAUUACUUGAUAUCUUGUGAAUAACACACUAUUUGAAUAUAACUUUGGUCACUUUGUGCACUCUUUGUAUAUAAUCAACAAAAAGGAAUAAUCCCAUCAGUAUGAUAUUCAAAGCAGAACUAUUCUGCUCUUCAAAUUGUACAAAAUUAAGAAUAAAAAUUGCUUUACCUGUCCCAACAUUGUUUUCUGUGACACUACAGCACGCAAGAAUUAUACUUUGUGUGAUGGAAAAAUCUAUAUUGUAAGUCAAGCAAGCUAUAUGCAUGAUUGUAAUUGCAAAUGCAGUUGCAUCACUUAAGUAUGUUAAAAAUAAAAAUAGAGAGGUCUAUACUACAGGUCUGUCUGUAGCAGUAACCGUAGCUGAGGUUU